CGUUGUGGUUAUGUUUCGGACGCAAUACAGUGAUUUUUGUGAUUUUGAUAUAUAUUUCAAAUGAUUUUAACAGUUUAGUUUUAAUAAUGUCCACUUGUAGAAUUCACAACGUUAGAUUUUAUAAUCUAGAACCGAAAGCAGUAACAUGUUUAUGUUACGAGCAGGAAACUAAAAAGUUGGCUCUUUCGAGAGAGGACAACACCCUAGAAAUAUGGAACGUGGAGAAUGCACCCUUCAUCCUCUGCACAAUACCAGGUCGUUCAGACACAUCGCUAGAAGCGAUCCUCUGGAUAGGAUCUCGCCUCUUCUCCACGGGUCUUCGAGCAAUGAUAGUAGAGUAUGACUUGACAAAAUUAAGUCAAAAAUCGGAAAUAGGCGUGACGGGAGGAGCAGCCUGGUGUAUGGACGUAAAUCGGACGAAAACGCGUCUCGCGGUUGGAACUGAAGACGGCUACAUCAAUACCUUCUUCAUCACCUCAGACUCCCUCCUCUACGAGCGAAUUUUCGAUAAACAGAAGGGCCGAAUUCUCUGCCUCAAAUGGGACAACACUGGUGACAUGAUUUUCAGUGGUUCCUCGGACACUGUCCGCAUUUGGAACACCCUGACCGGCCACGCAGUCCAUCGGAUGACCACCUCCAGGAAGGAGGCGAAGAAAGAAACGAUAGUUUGGUGUCUCGAAGUCACUGAAGAGAAUACAAUAAUUUCCGGGGAUUCUCGGGGAGCAAUUUGCAUCUGGGAUCCGAAUAUGGGCAUCUUGAUAGAAACCUAUGAGAGCCACACAGCUGAUAUUCAAGCCAUCACGAUGUCGGAUGACAAGAGUAUGUUUUAUUGUGCAGGCGUUGAUCCUGUGAUUCGUAUCUUCUCGAAAGUCAUCUCCAAGGGCAGAAUCCAGUGGGUGCGUGGCACAGAGAGGAGACUUCAUGUUCAUGAUGUUCGGGCUUUGGUCGAGGCUAACGGAAAGCUCUAUUCAGCCGGAGUUGAUGGCUACUUGGCACAGUCGAGUUAUCCACCGAAAUUUCUCGUAAAAUAUCCGCCUUUAUUGCAACCACCUUGUGUCAGUGUUUGCAAAAAAUCGCGAUGCAUUCUCCUGAGGUAUAGCAAUUUCCUCGAGCUUUGGCGACUCGGGGAGAGUUCGCAGGAUUCUCUGCCGAUUGGGAGUUUGCAUCAGCUCAAGGAGGAACCGGUGAAACUUCUGACACUCCAGACGAAAGAUGAGGAGAAUAUUGUCACUUGUGCGGUUAACAAGACAUCGAAAAUCAUUGUCUACUCGACCGAGAGUCAUCUCAGGGUGUUUAAUUUUGACGUCGUCGAGGGAAAUGCGAGUCUGCGUAGGAAUGACACGGAUAUUCCGUUAACGAGGGUGCAGAAGAUAUUUUUCAGUCCGGACUCGAAGCGACUUGUGACGAUAAACAAUGGCGGGCAGGGGAAUACGGUGACUUUUUAUGAGAUUGAGAGGAAGAAUCGGUUGAGGCUUUUCGGGAGUUUUGAGACGAAUAGCGAGUCUAUUUGUCGUGUUGGACUGGUCUGUUUUUCUCCAGAUGGGAGGUAUUUAAUUUUGUCGGAUAGCGAGAGUCGGAUUGUUGUUUAUCAUGUGGAUGGAGAUUUGACGAUGGAGUCGAGGAAACCCUGGUCGUUGCCGAAAUAUAGUUGUCCGGCUACUGCCAUGGCUGUUCAGGAGGAGACGCUGAAUUUAGUCGUUGUCUAUUCCGAUCAUAAGAUUAUUGAAUACAACAUUCCAACCCGAAAGUACACGGAAUUUUCGAAAAACCUUCAAAAUUGCCUGCCCCAAAAUUGGUUGUCGCGACCCUUUCCGAUUACGAAUAUUAUCUUCGAUCCUAGAAAUGAAAACGUUAUUAUCAUGCACGAUGAUACUUCAGUUUUUGUUCUAAAUAAGAAGAAUGAACUUCCUAACAUUAGGGUAAAAAUACCGAAGCUGGAAAAUGGAGAUUCAAAAGACGAUUCCAAUUCUGGACUCGGCUCACAAACUCAACAAAUUUUUCAAGUUGUUAAAAAGUAUAAGCACUUGGUUCACUUGGACUGGCUGAGUAAUGAGGAGAUGGUUGCCGUGGAGGUAAAUCCGAUAUCGCUGACGGAGAAGUUGCCACCGACCCUGAAGCAAAAGAGCUUCGGCAUGUAAACAGAGAGUCCACCCACUGAUCUUCCACAGCAGUUUGAGUUCAUCCCAGGAAGAUGAACCACUGUUUUUGGACUCGAAAUUCACCAGGUUCGAGAGGCGGCUCGAUUGUCGUUUUCGGUGAUACGUAAAAGGGGCCGAGAAAUUCCAAAUUGUUUUCGGAAAGCGACGACCUCCAGCCGAUGAUUGCUGAACUCGUUUUGGGAAUCGGAGGCGAGGAUUUCAGAGGAAUCGGAGAUUUCUUCAGAGGGUCCUCCGAGUUUUUUCGCUGGAAAGAAUCCAUCGGCAGUCCUGCUUUUCUGCAUUCCUCGGCAAGCACCUGCGGUCAGUGACACCUUCGAAAUUCGUAUGCAGUGUCCAGAACGACGAAAACGAAUCGUGAUAAACCCACCUGUUUAAAGUACUCGCCCGUGAGGUACUUGUAUCUUUCCGGCCAGUCCUUCUCUAAUUUCUUCUCUCGAUUUAUUACCUCUUUGCUUGAAAAAAAAAAAAAAAACAAGAAACAGAAACAGAAACGAAAACGAUUAUUAUUAUAAUUUAAUAUAGAAAUUAACGAUUUCGUUAUAUAAAAUCGGACAGUCUGAAUGUGGGGUGAUGUCACGGAAUUGUUUGGGGAUGAAAUAUAUUGAGGAUUCAAGUGUGUUGUUGAAAAUUCAUCUUUUUAGUUAAAAAAUAAAGUAUUUUGU